CAACAGGAAGACCUGGCAUGCAUCGUCACGAGAGCGGACGACAAGGCUAUAGAUCCCAGUAUCGUGACUGCUGAGAAAUGGCUUCUUCAAAUGGGAGACUGUCCGACAAGAUUGUUCUUAUUACCGCUGCUGCACAAGGAAUCGGCAAAGCUACAGCUAUAGCUUGCGCUAGAGAAGGAGCUCAAGUCAUCGCUACUGAUAUCAAUACUGAAAAGUUAAAAGAACUUGACGUGCAGGAGAGAAUCAAGACGUGCUUUCUCGACGUGACUGACGGAGAAGCGAUCAAAACGUUUGCCGCAGAGAUCGAGAAAGUAGAUGUCCUAUUCAACUGUGCGGGCCUUGUUUUACCUGGAAAUAUUUUAGAGUGUACAGAGAAAGAUUGGGACGUAUCGUUUGAUAUCAAUGUUAAAUCAAUGUAUCGAUUGUCGAAGGAAAUUCUUCCCAAAAUGAUCGAGAAAGGUCAAGGCUCCAUCAUAAACAUGUCUUCCGUUGCUUCCAGUACAAUGGGUGUACCCAAUAGAUUUGCGUACUGCACUACCAAAGCAGCUGUUAUUGGAUUUACUAAAUCAAUAGCUGCUGAUUUUAUAAGCAAGGGGAUUCGAUGCAAUGCUGUGUGUCCUUGUACAAUCUAUACCCCAUCACUUCAAGAGAGAAUCAAUGCCUAUCCCGACCCAGAAAAGGCCCUGGCAAAUUUUAUUGCCAGGCAAAAAAUGGGUCGUCUUGGUACUCCUGAAGAAGUGGCUGAAUUGGUAGUGUUUUUGGCCUCUGAUGACUCCAGGCUUGUUACUGGACAAGCUAUCAAUAUAGAUGGUGGAUGGUUGUUGUCAGGCUAGAAAACAUUGUAAAUUAAAAGGAAGGCUUUAAUUCAUAACAGUCUAAUAAUACUAUUCCGAUUGUUAUUUUAUAAGAAAUAAAAUGAAGUGAUAAAUCUA